UGAGCGAUAGACAACCAAAUCAAAGACACUGAAACAGACGGCAUAGUAUUCCGAGAUUUGAGAUUCCAACCAAUAUAGGUGGUAGCCGUAGAGAACUUUACUGUGACUCGUGAAUUAAAACCGCUCUCGGGAAUUGAGUGUGUCUAUAUAAACAAUCACCUCUUUCCAUCGUUCUCAUCAACCCAUAAAUGCUCUGGCCAUAGAUUGUUCAAAAAAAGAAGAAAAGGGGCAGAGAAAGACAAUGGAUUACUAUGAAAAUGGGUUCUUUGAAGAAUUAGUGGCUCUGAGAAGUGAUCACCCAGAAAUGGGAAUGGAAAUGGAAAUGGGAUUGAUGAAAAACAUCAACAAUUAUUAUAGCAAUGAUAUCGACGGCGGGUGGCUGAGCAGCGAUUCCUUCGUGAACCCCACAACACUUCCGCCAAUCUCCGCCGUCUCCGCCGCGGACGAGUGUUUCCCGUUUGAGUGGCAGAGCCAAGAGUACUACGGCGGCCCACAAUUAUUGGGAAAUGAUGGUGAACUCUGGCCACCUCAUUUUGGGGAUUCGUUAUUGCCAUUUCCAUCAGAAUUGUUGUUGGAUCACUUGAGCAGUAGUAGUACAUCUUCUUCACAAAUGUUGGAGCCGGUACUUCUUGAAACGCCGGCGGGCUCUUUCGGUAACAUCGCCGGAUGUUGCCCGGAGAAGAAGGAGGAGGAGGCGGUGAAAUCGAAGGCGAAGAAGGUCCAUGGGCAGCCUUCCAAGAAUUUGAUGGCUGAGAGAAGGCGGAGAAAGCGGCUUAACGACCGCCUCUCCAUGCUCAGAUCAGUUGUUCCCAAGAUCACCAAGAUGGACAGAACAUCUAUAUUGGGGGAUACUAUAGACUACAUGAAGGAGUUGUUAGUGAAAAUCAACAAUCUGCAAGAAGGAAUGGAUAUGGGGAAGAAGGAGAUGGGGAUUUUGAAGAAUGUAAAACCCAAUGAAAUGGAGGUUAAAAUUUCUCCAAAGUUUGAGGUGGAAAGCAGUGGGGAGGUUGAUACAAAGAUAGAGAUUUGCUGUGGAGGAAAGCCAGGGCUGUUAUUAACCACAGUGGCCACAUUGGAGGCUCUAGGCCUUGAGAUUGAGCAGUGUGUCAUUAGCUGUUUCAAUGACUUUUCAAUGCAAGCCUCCUGCACUAAGGAAACGUCGGAGCAGAGAAAAGCCUUAAGUUCAGAAGAAAUAAGGCAGGCGCUAUUCAGAAAUGCUGGAUGUGGGGGAAAGUGUUUCUAGUGGAUGUCGGGGAAGGAAUUGUAUGGAGAUGGUCUCUGGUUCAUAUGACAUGCAUUGAAUAUUUUUAGUGCUUGUAUAUAGCAAUUGUGUUUUUUUCCUUUUCAUUCUAAAAUUGUGGGCAUUCUAUUACUAUUGGUCCAAAUUCCAAAGAAAGCGCACAAAAUGGAAAAAUAAGAAAAGUAUAUCCCAAACAGUGAAGUGUUUAGUCUACCUUCCUCCCGUGUUAUGUGUCUUCUUUUGGUUUGACAAAAUUAUUAAUAAAGUAAUUUAAAAAAUGAAAAUUGUGAUUCA